AUGACCAUUGAAAAACUGUUUUCUUUUUAUUUUUUAGAUUGUUUCUCUUUAUUCAGAAGCGUAAAGGUGUUUGCCGAGUGCAAGAAGAUGUUUCUUUGGCUCUUUAUGAUUUUCUCAGCCCCGAUCUCGUCGGCCAGUGCAGACUCUGACCUAACGGUGGACGUUUGCAGCGUGUGCUCCUGCGUGUCCGUCGAGAAUGUGCUUUAUGUCAACUGUGAGAAGGUGUCCGUCUACAGACCAAACCAGCUGAAACCUCCCUGGUCUAAUUUUUACCACCUCAAUUUCCAAAACAAUUUUUUAAAUAUCCUCUACCCAAAUACCUUCUUGAAUUUUUCACACGCAGUGUCCCUGCAGCUGGGAAAUAAUAAACUGCAGAACAUUGAGGGAGGAGCCUUCCUUGGGCUCAGUGCAUUAAAGCAGUUGCACUUGAACAACAAUGAAUUAAAGAUCCUCCGAGCUGACACUUUCCUUGGCAUCGAGAACUUGGAGUAUCUCCAGGCUGACUACAAUUUAAUCAAGUAUAUUGAACGAGGGGCCUUCAAUAAGCUCCACAAACUGAAGGUCCUCAUUCUUAAUGACAAUCUGAUUUCAUUCCUUCCUGAUAAUAUUUUCCGCUUUGCAUCGUUGACCCAUCUGGAUAUCCGAGGGAACAGGAUCCAGAAGCUCCCCUAUAUCGGCGUGCUUGAACACAUUGGCCGAGUGGUCGAGUUACAGCUAGAGGACAACCCGUGGAACUGCAGCUGUGACCUGCUGCCUUUGAAGGCAUGGCUCGAGAACAUGCCCUAUAACAUCUACAUUGGGGAAGCGAUCUGUGAGACCCCCAGUGACUUGUAUGGCAGGCUCUUAAAGGAGACCAACAAGCAAGAGCUCUGCCCCAUGGGCACGGGCAGCGAUUUUGAUGUGCGCAUCCUGCCCCCGUCUCAGCUGGAGAAUGGCUUCACCACACCCAAUGGGCACACCACUCAAACAUCCCUCCACCGCUUAGUGACCAAGCCACCGAAAACGACAAAUCCCUCCAAGAUCUCGGGAAUCGUGGCAGGCAAAGCCCUCUCCAACCGCAAUCUCAGUCAGAUCGUGUCUUACCAAACGUGCCCAGGGCCUUGCUUUUGCAAAACGCAUCCUUCAGAUUUGGGGCUGAGCGUCAACUGCCAAGAGAAAAAUAUCCAGUCCCUGUCUGAACUGAUGCCGAAACCUCUGAAUGCCAAGAAGCUGCACGUCAACGGCAAUGGCAUCAAGGACGUGGAUGGCGCCGACUUUGCUGACUUUGAGGGCCUGGAUUUGCUCCAUUUAGGGAGCAACCAGAUCGCAGCGCUCAAGGGAGACGUCUUCCACAAUCUUACCAACUUGCGCAGGCUCUAUCUCAAUGGCAACCAGAUAGAGAGACUCUACCCUGAGAUCUUUUCGGGCCUCCACAACCUGCAGUAUCUGUAUUUGGAGUACAAUUUGAUUAAGGAAAUCCUGGCAGGCACCUUUGACUCGAUGCCGAACUUGCAGUUGCUCUACUUAAACAAUAACCUCCUGAAGAGCCUGCCCGUUUACAUCUUCUCAGGAGCCUCCUUGGCUCGACUGAACCUGAGAAACAACAAGUUCAUGUACCUGCCCGUCAGUGGGGUGCUGGAUCAGCUGCAGGCCCUCACCCAGAUCGACUUGGAGGGCAACCCCUGGGACUGCACCUGUGACUUGGUGGCCCUGAAGCUGUGGCUGGAAAAACUCAACGACGGCAUUGUGGUCAAAGAACUGAAAUGCGAGACGCCAGUGCAGUUCGCCAACAUCGAACUAAAGUCCCUCAAAAAUGAGAUCUUGUGCCCCAAGCUCCUAAACAAGCCAUCGACGCCAUUCACAAGCCCUGCGCCAGCCAUCACGCUCACCACCCCGCUGGGUCCCAUUCGAAGCCCGCCUGGUGGCCCUGUGCCCCUGUCCAUUCUCAUCUUAAGCAUCCUAGUGGUGCUCAUUUUGACUGUGUUCGUGGCUUUCUGCCUCCUCGUCUUCGUGCUGCGGCGCAACAAGAAGCCCACUGUGAAGCAUGAAGGCCUGGGGAGCCCCGAGUGCGGCUCCAUGCAGCUGCAGCUGCGGAAGCACGACCACAAGACCAACAAGAAAGACAGCCUGAGCACAGAGGCCUUCAUCCCCCAGACCAUCGAGCAGAUGAGCAAGAGCCACACGUGUGGCCUGAAGGAGUCUGAGACGGGCUUCAUGUUCUCGGAUCCGCCAGGCCAGAAGGUCAUCAUGAGGAACGCUGCCGAGAAGGAGAAAGAUUUACUACACGUAGACACCAGAAAGAGACUGAGCACGAUCGAUGAGCUGGAUGAGCUGUUCCCUAGCAGGGAUUCCAAUGUGUUCAUUCAGAAUUUUCUGGAAAGCAAAAAGGAGUACAACAGCAUAGGCGUCAGUGGCUUUGAGAUCCGCUAUCCGGAAAAACAGCAAGACAAAAAAACCAAGAAGUCAUUAAUAGGAGGCAACCACAGUAAGAUUGUCGUGGAACAAAGGAAGAGUGAGUAUUUUGAACUGAAGGCCAAACUUCAGAGUUCCCCCGACUACCUGCAGGUCCUCGAGGAGCAGACAGCUUUGAACAAGAUCUAGGUCAUGCAAUCUUCAUUCAUACAGAGGACAUUUAUUUAAUGAUGAAAGUGCCUUUUGUUGACUUCUAAUUUCCAAAUACUAUAUUAUCAAUAGGCAUAGAGGCAGGCGUUUCCAAGGGUGUCUAACUGUAGUUGCAAAGAUGUGUCCAGUAGAAGAGAAUUUCCUUAAUAGAUUUUACUACAAGAAACCUAUACUGUGGAGUCCUGUGGGGAUACUGCGAACUCUAUUGCCAAAGGGAUGCUUUAUACACAUCGUACGCUGAAUUUAACCUCAAGAGGCAAAUCUGGUUUGUACCCUGAUGCAAAACCUUCGUCUCUUCGCGCUUUGUCAAGCAAAGUCAAGAAAACUGGUACCAGUGUUCAGACCUUCACUGGGUCCUUCAUCUUGCACGUAGAUUAAGUUGGCGGAACUGGAACAAUCCUUUUGAUUUGUGGCAUUGUAACAACUGUGUAAAACUUAUCUGAAAAGU